ACAGAACUAGAAUGCAACAGAAAAUUAUUUCCUGUUGUAUUCAGCAUCAAUUUUUAUAUUUGGGUUUAUUUCUGCAUAUAACAGUGUUAAUUGUUGACUAAAUAACCGAUUGACUACAAGUGUUGUUUACUAACAAGUGAGGAAUACCAGCAGACAGCAAGGAAACCAUCAUGUCAACUUGACCAACAGACCUAUAGAAGCAUCAAAAUGUUCACAAACACACUGGAUUUCGUCUGCGAUUACUGCUCGCGAACUUUCACAAGAAAGUACAAUUUACAAACACAUAUAGAAAACUGUCAUAUCAAUUCAUCUUGUCAAUGCGAGGUCUGUGGUCAGAAUUUUGGCAGCCCAGCCGGCUUGCUUCAACAUUUGGGCAGAGGCCAUAAUUCUUACAGCCAACCGUUCCCAGAAUGCGACCUCUGUGGUCGUAUUUUCACUAGAAAACAAAAUAUAGUCUCUCAUAUGAUAACGGUCCAUUUACAAGGAUUGGGCUACGCGAUUAAGUGUCGCUUAUGCGAAAAAACAUUUACAACGGAACGCAAUUUGAAAAGGCAUAUGAAUCAGUUGCAUAAUCCUGAUAUUGAGUAUCCUACUUGUAAUGAUUGCCAUAAGGUUUUUAGAGGAAAACAUUCAUUGAUCGCCCAUAUACAAUCCGUUCACAGCGCCACAGAGAAAGAUGUAAUAAAAUGCCAUUUAUGUGAAAAAGUGUAUACAAAUAACAGAAACUUGAAACGGCAUGUUGAAAUGUUUCACGGUGAAAAGGGAGAAUUUAGAUGUGAUAUAUGCCCUAAAGUUUACACGUCUAACCAGAGUUUAAGACGUCACGCUAGAACGAGACACAGUACGGACAACCAGGAACAAUUAACUUGUAACUUCUGUAUGAAAGUGAUAAUCGGUAGAGAGAAUUUCGAAAGCCACGUGCAAUUCCACCACCAAGAAUUAGAAGUUGAGAUAAAAAAGGAAUUUGCUUGCGAAACUUGCGGCGAAAGUUUCUUAGAAGAACCUUAUUUAAGGCAACAUGUAAAAACCGAACACUCGUUUAAAACGUUCUACAAGUACUGUAAAAAGUCUUUAUUAAAACAGUAUAAGGUUGAUAAUCAUACGAUUUACAACUGCGAAUUCUGUCAUAGUUCAUUUUUAACAGUUUACGAGCUUAAAGACCAUAUGCGUCUAAACCAUGAUACAGAAUACUCUCUGUCGACCUGUAAUGUGUGUUUCAACAAGUUUUUCAGCAAAGAAUCUAUGUCUGCACACAAAACUGUCUGCAUACCACCCGCAAACGUUAAUAAAUGCAGUCAUUGCGAUAAAUUGUUCACGGAUAUAUCCAGUUUGGAAUUUCAUACAAGGAUUUUUCAUCCUCAAGCUCAAAUCGCGGAUUCUAACAUAUCUUCGACGAAUAUUGAAGACGAUUCCGUAUCUUUUAAAUGUGAACAUUGUGAUAGAAUUUACUACAGCGACAGAUCUUUAAAACAUCAUAUUAAACUAAAACAUACGACUGAUGAGGAGGUAGAAUGCCAACUAUGCGGAAAAAUUUGUAGUAACAAGUAUUAUCUCGCUUCUCAUAUUAAAAUCGUCCAUAAUAACGACUCGUGGUCCCGUUGUGAAUACUGUGACAAACAGUUCAAAUCUAAAAGAAAUAUUCGCAGACAUGUAGAAUAUACGCAUUUGGGAAUGCAAAGAUACAAGUGUAUAGAAUGCGAAACGUUAUUCAAAGAGAAAAGAAGUCUCAGAAAACAUGUUAGAACGAAACAUCCUAACUCUGCAACGUUUCCGCAAUGCCAUAUUUGUCAUAAGCGGUUUGAGUCUGCAAAAUCUUGUAAGAUCCACCUAAAGUUGCUACACUCUUUCAAUAUGAAUACGUACCCAUGUCAUCUAUGUUCAGUUUCUUUUGGCUCAAAUGAAGCUUUGUCGAUACAUCUCCAAACCAAACACUUAGCCGAAGAUGAAAUUUACAAAUGCGAGGAAUGCAACUUAGUAUUUAAGGGACACGAAAAAUUUGAGGCCCACAACGAAAUAUGCCACGUGAACUUAGUUCCUAAUAUUAAACAGAAAAUCUUACCGCGCUGUAUUCUCUGUAUGAAGGAUUUUAGUACUAGAAAAACUUUGAAACGCCAUAUUAAGAAAUUUCAUGAGGAUUUUGACGUGGAUGAACUUGCUACUUUUGGGUCUAGACGGCGCACUUUUACAGUAGAAUGUGAAAAUUGUAUUAAGAACUUUAAUGAUGAGUUUUACUUCAAUAUCUAUAAUAAGUUAAAACAUUUGCGCGAUUCUGUGAUUUUCAAAUGCGAGUUUUGCUACGUUUCGUAUAAUUCUUUAGAAUUUGCGAUUCAGAGGUAUAAAGUUACUAACGCAGAUGGUUGCAAAAGUAAAAUGAUUUUAAGUGAGUUGUGUACGGCAGAAAUGAGUGAAGAAGAAAAUGAUUUUUCUAACUUCGGGGCGUUACAUGAUAUGUUGCCUGAGAGUACUACUGCGGAUAUUAAGUUAGAACCUCCUGAGGAGUUGAAUGAGAUCCAAAUUAAGUUGGAACCGGCUUCGCCUUGAUCGAAAUUUCUUUAAAUAUGUAGUAUUUAUACUCGAUUUGAGAAGGCACUUAACCAAAGGUUAACAAUCUUCGAUUGUGCAUUUCAUAGAAAUACAACUGGGGGAAAUAGCCGCGAAUCGCUUCGAGAAAAGGAUAGUACGGCCGUGCCCGCUUUGCUCGAGACUUGGCAGCGGCACUGCCGUGCCCCCAGAAACAAAUGACAACAAAUUAACUACUGCUUAAAAUAAUGAUUCUUACUUUUUGUAAUAUUUUUAUUUCCUUUUUUAUUUUUGAAAUGUAUUUUAAUCAAGAUUGUUUGUCUUUAGUUAAGUAUCUUCUCAAAUGCAGUUUAUUUUGAUAAAAAUUAUGCUCAAAAAGAGACGAUUGAUGCCCCAAAAAAUUGCAAUAAUGUUUUGUAAAUAUUGCGUAUAGGUACAAUAGAAGUAUUAUUGAAGGAAUUUGUCAACGAAAGAGAUCUGAAGUAUAGAAAGACUGAAGCUUAGACUCAAUUAAAGCGUAGCGGAGAAGUUUUUAAACAACCAAUAGCAUGGAGUUUCUGGCUCGUUCUUCUCCGUAGGAAGCUACUUUUGGAAUGGGCAACUAGAAUCAAACCUAGUUAUAUUUUUGACGUUCAUAAGUGCUUGUAAGGGCCUAAAUGAAAUAAAUGAUUUGAUUUAGUAUUUCAAACAUCUCGUCUCCGCCCACGGAGGAAGGAAAGAUAGCGUAGAUGUCAUAAGGAAGGUAGAUCAGGCGCCUUCUUGUAGCUCAAGCAACGUAUCGCAGACGUGAUCAGUUACUAGAACUGACGAGACCUUCGGGUUCCUUGUGAAAACAAAACCAAACUGUCGAAGAUUGGUCUUAAUUGGUGAUUUUAUUUUGAAAAUAUUGGGCGGUUUCUAAAGAAAGUGUAAGUGCGGAGCUAGUAACGUUCCUCGUCCCCCUCGUACCCGCAUGUUGUCGCGCUACUUUCUUAAGAGAUUUUGCGUUAUGACAUCUCCGCUAGUCUUUUGUUCUCAAUGAUAGUAUCCUUGAGCGAAGAUAUUCUAUUGGUUGUUUGAAAACUCUGAUGCACUUUGGUGGGUAUGAAAAGUAAGUGAGAUGGUUGUUUAUGUAGAUAGAAGAUAGAGUAAGAUUGAGUCAGUCUUAAAGUUCGUGUAAAUAUAGUAUGUAUACAAGCUGUUGAUUUGCAUUUGUGCAAAUAUCAGGAGGUUGAAUUCAUAAAAAAUAUAAAUUCUAAAAAAAACGUAAUCGCUUGGAAUUGUAGUAGGCGUUGUCAUUGUAAUGUCUUAGUAUUUCAGAAGCAACCCAAUUUUAUGAGUGAUUGUUGCGUAUGCUUUGUGUGAGGGCUCAGCACGGUUUUAAGGCGUAUCACACGCGCCGAGUUUAAAUACGGGUAGGUGACAUCGACGGGUUUCCGAAAAAAAAUAAAAAAAAAAAACGUACCAAUUUUUUUGUUAAUUUGGGUCGAGAAUCAUUAGCAUUAUUACGUCCUUGAAUAUUGCACGGAUGCAAAUCAACACCUUGUAUUAACUAAGCUGCUGAAUAAAUGUAAGCUAUAAGUUUGUGAAUCAAAAUUAGCAUGAAAUAAUGGUGUGGGUAGGUUCCCAGCCGUCAUUAGGUAAUAGGUUUGACUUGUACUAUACCUAGUUUAGUAUUAUAGAGAUAGACAUGUUUAUGAAAAUUUCUAUUCAUUAAGUUUGACUGAUAAUCUCAUACUUAGUAAGUUUUUAGAGUAAAAUAUCUGUCUAAAUUAUGUUUGAUAAUUUUGUAUCAAUUGGAGACAUAUUACGGUCCAAUUUAACGAAAAAAUAAAAGCCCGCUUAAACAACUGUUUAUUUUCAAAGAACGUGAAAAUUGAAAGUAGACAUUUGUUUUAAGAAAACUGACAUUUAUGUUGUCUGUGUACUUGGGCCUUAGUCGCAAAUAUGUUCAUUAUUUUAUUGUAUUUUGACUAGUGAUCUCGAGAACUUAAAUUUUACUUAAAAAAUCUGAUCUUGCAGUUUCCAGCGCCUAUUGAAGGCAUGGUAUUUUGAGAGGUACCCAUGCAAAAAUGUAACUUAAUAGUACAGCAAUAAGCUUGAAAUUUUAAUUCUCGAUUUGAAAGGGAGCAGAUUCUCAGUUUUAUACUGCUAAAAAAACAUUGAGAUUGAAUUUUCAAAUAAAUAAAUAAAAUACUGCGCCUUGAAAGCCAACACGGCUCUGGGCCUUAAGUGUAAUCUAUUGAAAUGAAAUGUAUUUUUUUUUCUAUUUAUUUUUUUUACCUGUUAAAUGCCUAUAAACUUUAAGAAUAUACAUUAUUAUUUUCUUGUAUAAAAUGUAUUUUCAAUGUUUAAUAUCAACACUAGGACUUGGCUAUGCACUCUACCGUGCACCCACAUUUUUACAAGUGCUGGCAGUAAAAAUAUUAAAAUAGGAAUUAGUGUAAGAGCACUCUUGUGUUCGGAAAUUGUAUAAAAAUACCUAUUUCUUUGAUCUGAGAAAAAUACAUAGAUUAUAGACUGAAUUGAUGAUAAGUAUUCGAUCAAAAAGUAUUUUGUGUUUAUUUACAACUUAUUACUUUUAUUAUAGUUUUUUUUUCAAACAA